AUGGUUAACAUCGGCGUAUACGCAAUGCUAUUCGAGUUUAUAAUCCUUGGUCUUGCCACUGCUAUCGUUACUUUCGCUACCCAGCGAGUGAUGGCUGCGACUGCAAUCCCUGAAUGGCCUUCUUACAUUCUCGGUGUUCUAUGUCUCCUUGUUGUCGUCAUCCAGCCCAUCGGCUUCAUUGGCGUGUUCAAGGAGAAGUUCAGGCUUUUCCGCCGCUUCCAUUGGUUAAACACUGCUUUAACCCUCGCUGCAUUUGCCUGCGCCCUCGCUAUUAUCAUCGCUAUCGCUGCUAAGCAGAGCGACGCCGUAAGCCAGUGCCAAUCCGAUUACUACCCACCCUUCCCCCAGGCUUCCUUCUCCUUAUCACAGUAUUCAGACGACAUUUGCAAUAUUCUUUCAUGGGUUGAUGUCGGCUUGAUGGGUCUUAUCUGGCUAAUUAUGAUUCUCGUACAGGGCUAUUUCCUCUUCAUCCAACGCCGGUACUCCUCAGCUCAGCGCAGUGACCAUAGCAAAUACGAAUCGCUUUACAACGCCCCGGACAACUACAUGAUGGCCACGCGCGAGAAUGCCUGGGACGCGCGCAACUCCAACGACGCAUACGCCCUCCAAAGUCUACCCUCGCACAAGCACUCUUACACCCCCACUUCCACUCACUCUCCACCACCUCAAGAGAGCCACCAAGCAUACAACGCAUACGACUCAUAUUCCCCUCAUUACGCCGACAAACCAACUCCUCCGCUGCCAUAUGGUGCGCGUGAGUAG